AUGGAAAGUGGAUUACCUUCAAAUUGGACCAUUAAAGUAUCAUCCAAACAUAACAGAGAGUAUUAUUAUAACACUUCCACCGAGGAAUCACAAUGGGAACCUCCCAUGGGCACGGAUUUAUCUAAAUUAAAAGUAUAUUUGCAUAAUAUUGAAAAGAAUCAUUUCAAACCUUUAGUUAAAGAUGGUAAAGUCAGAGCUUCGCAUUUAUUGGUUAAACAUAGUAAUGUUAGAAGACCUAAGUCUUGGAAAUCUCCAGACGGUAUCACCACUAGUAGAGAAGAAGCUAUCACCAAAAUUAAAGAUUUCAGAAAACAAAUAGUAUCGGGAGAAACAUCAUUUGAAGAAUUAGCUGAAAUUGAAUCCGAUUGUUCAUCACAUGCCCAGAAGGGAGAUUUAGGAUUUUUCGGUAAAGGCCAAAUGCAACCAUCAUUCGAACAUGCUGCUUUCAGUUUACAUGUUGGAGAAUUAAGUGAUCCAGUUGAAAGUGAUAGUGGAAUUCAUUUAAUUUUAAGAACUGCUUAA